ACGACGCCUCUUGCAGCUUUGUAUCGAUUCACUUAAAUUGAAACACCGUCAUUAUUUCCGAGCGUCUCAUAACAUUGAUUUCCACAUAAAUUUACUGCAGCAAUCGAAUCUACAGCGAUUAAUACACAAUUAUCCAGUUUGGUUGGAUAGCAUAGUUAAUGAUCAAAAGGCGGCGAACAGUAUCAAGUGAUUGCCUAGAGGAAACAAUGGAAGAAAGCGUUUUAGAACAAUCACCGACAACAGUGUCGACACGCAAACGAAAGCGUCUAGAUCCGAUGGAAAUGUGCCAGCAGCUAUAUGACUCAUUGCGAGCCAUCAAAAAGUCCGACGGUACAAUGCUUUGUGACACCUUUGUACGUGCACCAAAACGGCGCCAAGAGCCCAGUUACUACGAUGUCGUUGACAACCCAAUCGAUUUACUGCGCGUCCAACAAAAAUUAAAAACCGAAUCAUACGAAGAUGUUGAAGACUUAACCACUGACUUGGACCUAUUGGUAAAUAAUUCAAAGGCAUUUUAUAAGCCCGAUUCAAUUGAGCAUCAAGAUGCAUGUUUGCUUUGGGAUACGUAUCAAGCAAACAAAGCCAAAUUGCUUGAAUCAAAUGUGGGUGGCGAUGAUGAGCCAAGCAGCAAAGUGAAAAAAAUUGGACGUCCAAGAAAAUCGGCACUUGACAACGAUGAUCAGAUAUCGGAAACGUCAUCCAAGGCAACCGACGAAGAUAUUGAAAAUUAUGAGGAAUUAUUCGCGUCGGUGAUGACAGCAACCGACGAUAAUAGUCGCCCAUUAAAUUUAAUGUUCCAACUAUUACCAUCGAAACGUGAAUAUCCGGAUUAUUAUGACAUCAUCGAACAUCCAAUCGAUCUGAAAUUUAUCGCUACAAAAAUUCAAACAAACGCCUACAUCACGUUGGCCGACAUGGAGAAGGAUUUGCUGCAAAUGACAAAAAAUGCAUGCGUAUUCAAUGAACCCGGUUCACAAAUCUACAAAGAUGCAAAAACGUUGAAGAAGAUAUUCACAGCGAAACGAGCUGAAAUCGAGUCGGGAAAGUGUAAACCGCGUGAAAAUAAGACACGCAAACGUGGACAAAGUUUAAGUGCAAUGGUGGCUGCGCUAAAGGAACCAGUUGAAGAUUCUGAAGAAGAAAACGAUGAGAAUGUGGAAACAGAUGGUGACGGUCCACUUUGGAAACUCUUUGAUCAACUUUAUAAUGCCCCCAACUCAACAGAAAAUCCCAAUGCCCCAGGAUCAUCACUUGGCGAAUCAAUGUGGAAACUACCAAAUCGACGAUUCCAUCCGGAAUAUUAUUUCACCAUAACCAAACCAAUUUCUAUGGCGCAGAUUCGUAAUAAAUUGAAGAAGGGCGAUUACGCAAACAUCGACGAUUUAACAUCCGAUUUAUAUUUGAUGGUUAACAAUGCGAAAAAAGCAUUCCCGCCGACACAUAAAGUGCAUCGAGACGCUGUAAAAAUGCUUAAACUACUCAAUAUGAAAUUAAACGAUGCAUCUGGUGACGAUGACAGUGACGAGGAUGAAGAAGAGUCCACAACAAAUUCAUCAACUCAGUCCCUUUCAAAAAAGAAACCAAAACCAAGAGUGACCUCAACAUCGCCCGCCGGUUCGUCGCUUAAUAUAACAAGCAGUUCACCGAACAUUACAACCGGCAUCAGUCCGAAAUGCAAAUUCCCAAACAAUCCAAUUCUAAAGAAGAAAUUGCUGAAUUUACAGAAAUUUUUAUCGGAAUACACACUGGAUGGCAGACGACCAAUGACUUUGUUCAUGGAGAAACCAUCGAAACGACAGUACCCCGAUUACUAUGAUAUCAUUCAACAUCCAAUCGAUAUGGUGACCAUACGAUACAACAUCGAAGCGGAUAAGUAUGGUACUUUGGAUGAUGUUGUCGGCGAUUUUCGUUUGAUGUUCGCCAAUUGUCGCAAGUACAACGAAGAAGGUUCACAAAUUUACGAAGAUGCAAACAUUCUGGAACGUGCUCUCAACGAAAAACUUAAAGAAUUCUCUGGUAUCAAUGAUCGUCGACUAACACCGAAAAUAAUCAAAGGUGGUCGCAAACAAAUAUCCCCAAUGGACACUAAACUUCGUCAAUUGUAUGAUGCCAUUCGAGACUAUCGUGAACCGAAAGCAAAUCGUCAGUUGGCCUUGAUCUUCAUGAAGUUGCCAUCGAAAAGCGAUUAUCCCGAUUACUACGAUAUUAUCAAGAAUCCAAUCGAUAUGGAAAAAAUUGCGCAUCGUCUCAAACAACAAUUCUAUGAUAAUAUCGAUGAAAUUGCUGCUGAUUUCAUGUUGAUGUUUGAAAAUGCAUGCAAAUACAAUGAGCCUGAUUCGCAAAUUUACAAAGAUGCAUUGUUGUUGCAGCAAAUAUGUAUUCAGACCAAACAACAAUUACGUGAUGGUGACGAUUCGGUUCCAGAUGUACCGCAAGCUGUCCAAGAAUUACUAUUGUCCUUAUUCACAACAUUUUAUAACCAUCAAGAUGAAGAGGGUCGUUGUUUCUCCGAUUCACUUGCUGAAUUACCCGAAUACGACGAAGUUGAUGGUAUUAAAACGCGAGCCAUUUCAUUGGAUUUGAUUAAGCGUCGUUUAGAUAAAGGGCUUUACAAGCGAUUGGAUACAUUCCAAGAGGAUGUGUUCACUUGUUUGGAUCGGGCACGUAGAUUGUCACGCACCGAUUCGCAAAUAUUUGAAGACUCCAUUGAAUUACAGUCGUUUUUUAUUCGUAAACGUGACGAAGCUUGUAAAGAUGUACUUACAUCACCAGCUCUCAGCUAUACUGCCAUGCAUUUGAGCGCUUCCGUCGAGGCAGUACGACAAACAAAACUAUUGCAAGAAGAACAAGAACAGGAACAAGAGAAUGAUAUGGCAAUGCACGGUGAAAGCAUGACAAUCGACCAAAAAGUGUAUUCGCCCGGAGAUUUUGCCUAUUACGAUGUGCCAGAGAAUAAACUUCCUGGCGUUAUUUACAUUGAACGUUUAUGGACGAAUCAAGAAGGCAUUCAAAUGAUGUACGGUAACAUUUUCUUACGACCAUUUGAAACGUAUCAUGUUACAACACGCAAAUUCUUGGAACAAGAACUAUUUAAAAGCGAUCAACAUGAAGCGAUGCCAUUGAGCCGUUUAGGCAACAAAUGUUUUGUCAUGAGUGCCAAGGACUAUUUUAAGCAGAAGCCCGAUGAAUACACGGAUAAAGACAUUUUUGUUUGCGAAUCACGUUAUUCAACAAAAUUGCGGGCAUUCAAGAAGAUUAAGAACUGGCCAUUUAUGAACACGACACCGUUAGUUCAACGUGACACACCACUCGAGCCGAAACGUGUCAUGUCCGUUUUUAAAGAACGCGUGGAAAAACAUAAAGGCGAAUUGGCCGAAUUGCAACUUCAAGAGGCACUCAUUGAGAAAGAGAAACCAAAUAUCUUGGCUUUAUCACCAGCAUCAACUGAUGAUGGUAAUAAUUACUAUGAACAAUACAACAUUGUAGGUAAUGGUGUUAUCAAAAGCGGAGAUUUUGUAUACGUUGCCACUGACACGGGAAAACAGUCAAUCGCACAAGUGCAAAGCAUUUGGGACACAAAAGAUGGAAAGUCAUACAUCAAAGGACCAUGGCUUCUUUUGCCUCCGGAAGUGCCCGGAACGGCAAAUCGUUUCUUUUAUCGCCAAGAACUGAUGCUGUCAACAACACAAGAUAUCAGUCCAACCAUUGCUGUGGUCGGUCGAUGUGCUGUUUUGGAGUAUAGCGAAUAUAUCUCGUUACGUCCAACUGAAAUCCCAGAGAGUGAUGUUUAUGUAUGUGAGUCAACAUAUGACGAAAGCAAAAAGCAAAUUCGAAAAAAUGUGCAAGGUCAAGGUUUGCGAAAAUUUACGCACAGUCAACUUGUGACACCCGAUGAAAUUUAUCAUUUGAAAAACUUAAUAACACCGAUCAAGGUGAGUGCAACUGAAAUAGCUGCCUUAGAACAAGUCAAAGUCAACAACGAUCCAGAUAUAAAAGCUGAAAAUGUCGAUGUGCUUGCACUCAAUGAAGAUUCAAUUGAUGUCCCUGACUUGCCCACAACAAUCGCCGAAGUAGUGCCAGUGUCAUCAUCAUCAGCGAGCACAAAUUUGAGCACACCAGUAUCGACAAAAAGGCCGAAAUACAAAGGCAAACUUGUUACUGGUUACAUUGUUUAUUCGAGUGAAGUACGUAAAGAUCGUGCGGCAAACAAUCCCGACUGUACAUUCGGUGACAUUUCACGAAUGGUCGGCAAUGAAUGGCGAAAUAUGUCAGCACAAGAGAAACAAUAUUGGGAAGAAAAGGCGUCACGAUCAAAUGAGGAGAGUGCUGCUAAAUACGCUGAAGAACAUGGUUGCUCGAGCCCAGUCCCACAACCACAAACGUUCCAGUCAUUCUUAACCGCUGAGCCAGUGCCAAAUCAAGUGUUCGAAUGCUGUUGGGACACAUGUGACUAUCAAUUCGAAGAUCCAAUCGAUUGUGUUGAACAUUGUAUCUCUGAGGGUCAUGGUCAUGUUAGCAACUAUUACAAAGAACCGCCACGAGCGAAAACCGGCGAAAUCGAUUUUACAUGUAUGUGGCGAAAUUGCAUUCGUAAGAUAAAAAAGAACACCAUUCCAUUUACACACUUGCAACGUUUGCUAAAGCAUGUUCGUGAAGUGCAUAUCAUCAAAUGUGGUCGAAUUGUCUUGCCACAAGAUCGCAGCAAAAAUUUUGUCGCAUCGAAGAAAAACCAGACACUUACACCACAAACACCAACAGCAAACAAUCAAAAUGCUUCGCCAGCAACAAAUAAUACAAUCUUGGCAUCACCCAUUCAACAGCAACAACAACAACCAGCUCAAACUGUUCAAGUCUUAUCAUCACCAGCAGCUGAACCUCUAUUUGUAACCGUCCCACCGAGACCACAACGAGUUUUACAUUCAGAAGCAUACAUCAAGUACAUCGAAGGCCUUCAAAACGAAUCUCGUUUCGUGACUCCGUGGGAAAAAUCACUAAAGGCCACUAGAGAGAGUAUACCAUCUAUCGAUCCAACCAAACUUCCUAUGUACUGGCUAGGACCAAAAUCGCCAGAAAAAUCAGCUGAUGCCAUUGACGAACUAUGGAAACUUCGCAAUUAUAUGAUGAAAGACAUUGUAACAAUAACCAAUGUCAUUCAUCCAUCCAAUUAUUGAUAACUUUUUUUUACUUUCAAUGCUUAAAAGUAGUUUCAUAGAUUUUGUUUUUCACAAAAUACAAAUACAAUCAAACAGUUCAACGAGACGAACAGUACACAUUUUGCAAAUUAGGUUUAUGAUUAUAUUUUGUUAGAAAAUAUGUAGAAAAUGGCACUCAAAUAAAGUAAAACCUUGAUACACAAUAAUAAUA